CUACGCAGGGCGUUGAAGCCUCUAUUUCGUUCGUUAUGUCGAAGUGCACUAGCGUAGGAAUAAUCAAGGCGUUUUGGAUUGAACCAAUGAUCUGGAACUUCUUGGAAGCUGGAGAGAGGCAGAAGGGAGUGGGUUGGGGGAAACUGUUAGCGGUGGAUUUCCGGAGGUAGUGUUUGUUUGGGUGAUCAGCUUCGAAGCGUUUUGGGGGAUUUUUUUUGUUGUUGUUGCUAGGAUGCGUUAAAUUUUUGAUCAUGGUGGUGAAUUCGGUGCACUGGUUCCGAAAAGGGCUGCGACUUCACGACAAUCCGGCUUUGCAGGAGGCGUUAAAUGGCGCGGACACGGCGCGCUGUGUUUAUGUUUUGGAUCCGUGGUUCGCUGGAGCAGCUAACGUCGGAGUCAAUCGGUGGAGGUUUCUUCUGGAGUCAUUAGAAGAUCUGGAUACGAGUUUAAGGAAAUUGAACUCGAGGCUGUUUGUGGUGCGAGGGCAGCCCGCUGAUGUGUUUCCCAGACUGUUCAAGGAGUGGAAUGUGACUCGUCUGACGUUUGAGUAUGACUCCGAGCCGUACGGUAAGGAACGGGACGGCGCUAUCAUUAAACUGGCCCAGGAGUUCGGUGUGGAGACGAUCGUGAGGCACUCUCACACACUCUACAACCCGGACAGGAUCAUCGAGAUGAACAGCAACAACCCACCGCUCACCUUCAAACGCUUUCAGGCCAUCGUGAGCCGUCUCGAGCUGCCCAAGAAGCCGCUGUCGACCAUCACGCCGGAGCAGAUGGCCAGCUGCAGCACGCAGCUCUCGGAAAACCACGAUGAGCAUUACGGCGUGCCCUCACUGAAGGAGCUUGGGUUUAAAACUCACGGCGAGGGUGAGCCAGUUUGGAGAGGUGGUGAAACUGAGGCUCUGGAUAGACUCAAUAAACAUCUGGACAAAAAGGCAUGGGUGGCUAAUUUCGAUCGUCCUCGAAUCAAGGCCCACUCUCUCUUCGCCAGCCCGACCGGUCUGAGUCCGUACCUCUGCUUCGGCUGCCUGUCGUCUCGAGUGCUUUAUUACCACUUACGUGAACUCUAUAUGAAGCUGCGCAGACACUCCAGCCCUCCUCUCUCGCUGUUCAGACAGCUUCUAUGGCGUGAGUUCUUCUACACUGCGGCCUCCAACAACCCCAGCUUCGACCGCAUGGAGGGAAACCCCAUCUGUGUGCAGAUCCCCUGGGACCAGAACCCGGAAGCGCUGGCCAAGUGGGCCGAAGGCAGGACGGGCUUCCCCUGGAUCGACGCAAUCAUGCGCCAGCUGAGGCAGGAGGGCUGGAUCCACCACCUAGCGCGCCACGCCGUGGCCUGCUUCCUCACCCGGGGAGACCUGUGGAUCAGCUGGGAGAGUGGCAUGAGGGUGUUUGAGGAGAUGUUACUGGACGCUGACUGGAGCGUUAAUGCUGGAAGCUGGAUGUGGCUUUCCUGCAGCGCAUUCUUCCAGCAGUUCUUCCACUGCUACUGUCCCGUGGGCUUCGGGCGCCGCAUAGACCCCAGCGGAGACUACAUACGGAGAUAUAUUCCUGAGCUGAAGGAUUACCCAAGCCGUUACAUCUACGAGCCGUGGAAUACACCGGAGUCGAUUCAGAAGGCAGCGAACUGCAUUGUGGGAGUCGAUUAUCCCAAACCCAUGAUAAACCAUGCAGAGAGCAGCCGCCUCAACAUCGAGAGGAUGAAGCAAGUCUAUCAGCAGCUCUCGCACUACAGAGGCCUUAGUCUGCUAGCAUCAGUACCCACCAUUCAGGAGGAGGCAGAGCCAUCGAUGUCGGACGACUCUCAGGCCAGCAGCAGUGGUGCCAUCUCAGCGUCCCGUCAGCCUCAGUCCGAAUCCUGGCCAUCGCAAACUGAUCCCGAUCCAAACCAGGACCCCGAUCCUGAGCCUUCGUCGUCAGCUCCUGCAGCCAUGAGAAAGCGAGGUCGCUCCUAUGAACCCCAAAACUCCCAGAAUCCUAAAGUGCAGCACACCAGCCAGACUGAAGCCGAGCAGCUGCACGCUGACAGCAUGCAGUGACCGAGCAGAUGAAGGAAAGUAAAAUAAAAAAGGAGGAUCCACAAGACAGGAAAUAAGUACAGCACUUACGAGUACAAGCUGAGAGGAAAAAGAAAUGACACUAAGACUGCAGUAUGUUACGGUUUGGCGCAGACAGAACUACAGCUACGCUUUUCAUUUUAAAUCUGUUCGGCAAGAUAGAGCUUUAAUGACACAUUCAUAUAUUUAGAGUGGAUGUGCUUCGAUCAACAUUUAGCACAAUUAAUGUAGCCUUUGGAUCUCAAAUCAGACUUUUUAACCCAACAAAUUCACAGUUCUGUUCAUAAAGUUUGAAGUUGUUCUUUGGCACUCCGACUAAAGAAGAGUUUUUAUCAGUGUUUAAUCAGUAUUAUCAGUAAUAAUUCGAAUUUCAUAACAUCGGCACAUGCCUAACGAACACGAGGAUAAUCAGGUGUUGCUUGCGGCAUAUACAAUCAGCAUCAUGAAGGAACUUUUUUCCUUUCCCUGUUUUAACAUCUGUGUUGAGUAAAGUGUUUUCAUUUUUAGCCCGUUUUUAAGAUUUACGCCGUGAAGCCGUUCACACAACAUCCGAUUCUCUUAGCGAGAGCAUGUUAGCGUUGUUCUCUUUAAGAGCGACUACAUUCCACAUUAACAUGCACAUUCACGAGCUUGAGUUAGUCCAAGCUAAACGGACUAGCAUUAUUUAUUUUCUCUUUGGUAUUGUUUAAAAGAGUUUAUUUAGGUGCAAGUGGUAAAAGUACUGCAGGGGCAACGUGUACAUGUGUACGCUUUCAUGUUUGUGUGUGGAUGGGUUGGGGGACGGAGGACAAUUUAUCGAAGGCGAUGAAGAAAAAGACGUUUCUGUGACAUUGCAUCUGCACGAUAUAUCCACAGUAUAAAUAAAUAAAUACUUUGGACACACA